AUGACACUAACUUCUCCUACCGAGCAAUCUGAAGAGGAAAAUGUGUUUGGAUACAGCUCUUCAGACUCCUCAGGACCCGACGCACAUGACUUAUUCACAGAGGUCAUGGAACGUAUACGACUGGAUCGUCUCGCCAAAUACGCCAGCACAAUUCGACAAAGCAUCCCGCAUAGCAACCCUGAAAGUUUCAGGGUAAUCGAAAUCAAGCCCCCAAUAUUCGGCUCCUACCAUGUCCUUUACCCGGUGAAAUUCCCCGACGAAACUCUCUGGCUACUCAAAGUCCCUGCAAAUGGGACCUGGGAAAAAUUCACACCCUCCGAUGCUAGAGCGAUACGCUCAGAAGCACUGAUGAUGCGCUUACUGCGUCGUGAAACUACUAUCCCAGUCCCAGAUGUUCAUGCCUUUAGCGACACAUGCGACAAUGAGCUCAACUGUCCGUUCAUCCUUAUUGACCAUGUGGAGGGAGUCUCGCUGUACAAAGUCUGGUUCGAUAACACUUCGCCGAAAGAAAUUGUACAGGUACGACGCACUCGAUGCCUACGAGAUCUCGCGGCUGCUAUGGCUCAGCUGGACAGAUUCUCGUUCAGCACAGGGGGUUCAACGAUUCUCGAUGACCAGGGUUUCCCGUCGGGUAUCGGUCCCUUGCGACUAGUAGACACCGCAACCAUGCGAGAGCGGUUAAGAGCGGGCGAUCCAGAUCAAUCAACUGUCUACUUGGAAAUGGGACCCUUCUCCGAUACAAAAGAAUAUUACACAGCGCUGCUGGAUCGUCGGAGGCCGCCAGACACGACUUUUGAAAAGGGUGUGCUUGGCCUUCUCCGAUUGUUCAUUGACUGGAUUCCAGAACCAAGUGAUGAGCGCGGCGCGUUCGUUCUGGCCCAUCCAGAUCUUGAUGUUCAGAACGUCUUGGUUUCACAAGACGGGGCAUUGCAGGCCGUCAUAGAUUGGGACGGAGUGGGGGCUGUGCCACGAAGUGUAGGGAAUGAACGGUACCCGAGCUGGUUGACGCGAGAUUGGGAUCCGGCAAUGUAUUGCUGGACUGAGGACAUCGAGCGGCGUGCUGAACCCCUAGGUCUCUGGGAGGAUUCACCCGAUACGUUGAGAUUCUAUCGAUCUUUAUAUACUGGGUUUAUCCAGUCUCACUGGUUAUAUGGUGAUCUGGCAUGCGCUAACCUAACCACAAGAUCACUCAUUCUCGGGAAUCUACUAAAUGCUGCGAAUGAUCCGUAUGGUACAGUAGAUAUCGUGGAGAAGGUCUUUGAUACAAUCGUUAAGCUUGCCCAGGAGGGUGUGUCAACUCGGUCAAAUGCGUCUGGUGACAGCAAAGGGUGCCAAGAGGAAGGAUUAAAGAUUGAUGAUCGUGACCUUGCGAACUUCGACUUUUAUGAUGUUUCAUGCGCACUGGCCGAGAAAAGACUGAGCGAAUACCAUAGAAGAUGCUUGAAGUUCGGGCUCCUUCGGAAGGUCGACUUCUACAACUACAAGUCCGACGGCGGUCACCGCGAACACGAAGUCCGUCAGCGGUACUAUCUCCAGAAUGACCUCGAUUAUAAGAAAUACAAUGCCCUGUGCGGCUCCCUCCGUCAACUAGCGCAUAAGCUCUCGCAGCUCGAUCCGGAUAGCGAUCCGGUCCGGAAGAAGGUCGAGAGCGAAGUCCUCGAUAAACUCUGGCGCAUGGGGAUUCUGAAGCAGAGCCGGGAACAGGGUGCUGGAUUGUCGAGGGUUGAGCGCGAGGUGACGGUUUCUGCGCUCUGUAGACGCAGGUUGGCGGUUAUUAUGGCGCGGAGUGGCAUGGUGGAGAAUGUUAAGACGGCUGUUACUUUCAUUGAGCAGGGACAUGUGCGUGUUGGAAGUGAGGUUGUGACUGACCCCGCUUAUCUGGUGACGAGGAACAUGGAGGAUUUCGUCACUUGGGUGGAUAACAGUAAGAUCAAGAGGAACAUCAUGCAGUAUCGGGAUAAGCUGGACGAUUUCGAUAUGCUGUGA